UCUCUUGGCUCCUCGGCACUCCCCACCGUGUUUCCACAACUCUGAGCCAGAGACCAGCAACACUGUCCUGAGAACAACAAAACCGUGAUGAAGGCAACAGGAGUCAGAACGCUAUUCACGGCAGGAAGCCCCAGCAUCCGGUGAGAAAUAAGAAGUUCUACAGCACAGGAUGCGCCCUGGGUCAGGGGGACGUGAAAAGCCUGGAGUCUGUAACCUUCUCUGCGCCAGAGCAGUGGUGGUUUGGCAGCAGAGGCACAGCCCUCAGCUCCCCUCGGAGCCCAGCCGGGUGCCAAGCUCCAAGACUCAGUGGUGGCCGUUGUCGCUGCUGUCGUUGUGGGGGAGUCUAGCCUCUCCCAGAAGGAGACUCUGCAGAAUGGCCACCUCAACAGGUUUGUUGCUGCUGCUGCUGCUCGGCCAAUCCUGGGCAGAGGAUGCUGCUGAUUCAGAGGCUGUCGUGUGUGAGGGGACUGCCUGCUAUACUGCCCACUGGGAAAAGCUGAGCGCCGCUGAAGCCCAGGACUACUGCAAGAAGAAAGGAGGCAAUCUAGCCACAGUGAAGAGCGAGGAGGAGGCCCGGCAUGUCCAGCAAGCUCUGGCUCAGCUCUUGAAAACCAAGUCAACCUCGGAAGCCAAGAUGGGCAAAUUCUGGAUCGGGCUCCAGCGAGAAAAGGGCAAGUGUACGUACCAUGAUUUGCCAAUGAAGGGCUUCAGUUGGGUGGGUGGUGGAGAGGACACAGCUUAUUCAAACUGGUACAAGGAGAGCAAGAAAUCCUGCACCUCUAAGCGCUGUGUGUCCCUGAUACUGGACCGAUCCUUGACACCUCACCCCAGCCAUCUCCCCAAAUGGUAUGAGAGCCUCUGCGGGACUCCUGAGAGUCCAGGUAACAUUGACGGUUUCUUGUGCAAGUUCAACUUCAAAGGCAUGUGCAGUCCCCUCUCUCUGGGUGGUCCAGGCCAGGUGAACUAUACCACCCCUUUCCAGGCCACCACCUCCUCCCUGGAGGCUGUGCCUUUUGCCUCUGCCGCCCAUGUAGCCUGUGGGGAUGAGGCUGAGGGUAAGACCUACUACUUCCUGUGCAAGGAAAAGACCGAGACUCCGGGUGUAUUCCACUGGGGCAGCUCAGGCCCCCUCUGUUUCAGCCCCAAGUUUGGCUGCAAUUUCAACAAUGGGGGCUGCCAGCAGGAAUGCUUUGAAGGUGGGGAUGGAUCCUUCCGCUGUGGCUGCCGGCCUGGAUUCCGACUGGAGGAUGACCUAGUAACUUGUGUUUCCCGGGACCCCUGUAGCUCCAACCCAUGCACAGGAGGGGGCUCAUGCCAUCAUGUACUCCUCAGCGAAAACUACACAUGCCAGUGUCCCAGUGGCUACCAGCUGGACUCUAGCCAAGUGCACUGUGUGGAUAGAGAUGAGUGCCAGGACUCCCCCUGUACCCAGGAAUGUAUCAACACUCCUGGGGGCUUCCGAUGUGAAUGUUGGGUGGGCUACCAAUCCAGUGGCCCUAAAGGAGAGGCCUGUGAGGAUGUGGAUGAAUGUGCCGCUGCCCACUCACCCUGUGCCCAUCACUGCCAUAACACUGAUGGUUCUUUCUUCUGCUCCUGUAAAACUGGCUAUAGCAAGUCUGAAGAAGACAGUACCCAAUGUGAAGAUAUAGAUGAGUGUUUGGACUCCAGGGUCAGUGCGUGUGACACCCUGUGCUUCAACUUGGAAGGUUCCUUCCGAUGUGGCUGCCCACCAGGCUGGGAGCUGGCUCCUAAUGGGGUCUCUUGUAUCAAGGGCACUGUGUCUUUAGAACCAUCAACUAGGCCUCCCCAAAAGGAAGGUGAAAGUGACAUAAAGGGGAGUACUGUGCCUCCUCCUGAAAUGCCCAGUUCUUCCAGAGGCUCUGAGAAUGUCUCCAAGGGAGGACCCACCACAGGGCAUCCCUCCUUCCCAUCAGAUCCCCCCACUACCUCUGUUCCACAAGAAAUAUCAGUCCCUAGUGAGGCAUCUAGAGUCUGGAUGGAGUUGGGUACAUACCUCCCCAUGACCACUGGCCACAGCAAGCCCACACAUGAAGAUUCUGUGUCGGCCCACAGUGACAGCGACACCGAUGGGCAGAAGCUGCUUCUGUUCUACAUCUUGGGCACUGUGGUGGCCAUCUCACUCCUGCUGGCUCUGGCCUUAGGGCUUCUCAUUUAUCGCAAACGGAGAGCCAAGAAGGAGGAGAUAAAAAAGAAGAAGCCCCAGAAUGCAGCUGACAGCUAUUCCUGGGUUCCAGAGCGAGCUGAGAGCAGAGCCCUGGAGAACCAAUACAGCCCAACACCUGGGACAGACUGCUGAAGACAAUGUGGUCAUAGAAACACCAGCAGCUGCCACUGCUUUCAGAACUUUUAACUGCCAGAUGAUGGGGGGGACCCACAUCAUUCUGAAAGACUGGACUGAACUCUCAGCAAAGAGUGUGCACCUUCCUGGUGCACUUGGGAUGGACAGGUAUUUCCCAGCUGCCCUAGCUAUGCCUGGGCCUGAAUUUGGCAUUGUGGGAAGUUUUGAGGCUACUGACAGGCCUCGUUCACAUACUCUUUUCAAAUUCAUAAUCGAAU